UUCAAACAACAAACAUCAAACUAAAAACUAUUAACUAAGUUCUUUUUAAAAGUGGUUUCUGCGUUUAGAUUUCAAUCGACCAAAUCAAAUUCAUCAAAAUGAACAAACAAUUGUUUUUCUUCAUUUUCGUUUCAUCUCUUGUUCUCUGUGUUUCGUUGGUUCGAGCUGAGGAAGAAGAAGAGUUCGAAGAUUCGUUCGAUGGCCAACAAGAAGAAUCUAUUUUAGAAAGAGAAAGACGAGAUAUUUCAGCCGAUUUAGAAACAGCCGAAUCAGCGGUUGCUGGUGGUGGAGGUUCAGGUCUUGCUGCUUUUAAGAAAGGUGCAGCUGGUAGUGGAGCUAGUGGAUAUAAGGCUGGUGGAGCUGGUAAGGCUGGUUAUGCUGCUGGAGCUAAAGGUGCUAAAGGUGGUGCUGCUUAUGGAGCCGCUGGAGCUGCUGGUGGUGCUAAAGGAGCCUCUAAAAAGGGUGGAUUCGCGUCUGGAGCUUUUGGUAAAAAGUAUGGAAAGAAAGGAGGAUUCGCUAAAGCCGGUGGUGCUGGAUACAACAAGAAAAUGGGUCUUGUCAAGAAAUUCGGAAUGAGCCAAGGAUUCAAAUUCGGUAAAGCCGCUGGUUAUGGUGCUGCUGGAGGUGCUGUCGGAGGUAAAGCCGCCAAAGGAGGUUACGCUGGAGCUUCAGGAGCAGUUGGGUACAAGGGAGGAAAAGUUGGAGGUGGUAAAGGCUAUGCUGCUGGAGCUAAAGGUGCAACUGGAGCCAAGGCUGGAGCAGGAGGAGCAAGUGGAUUUAAGAAAGCCGCCGGUGCUGCAGGAGCUACUGGAGUUAAAGGAAUCGGUGGAGGAGUUGGUUAUGGACUCGGUAGAUAAAUUGUAUCCCAACUUUUUAUAUAAUCUUAACCCUUAACAGCGUGAAAAUUUUUUAUUGCGUUAAUUGUUUCAAUGUCUAUUUUCUUAAUUAUUUAUUAACUUGAUUACUAAAAAGCGAAAUCUUUCUGUCCAAAGUCAGUUAAGCAUAAAUGCAAUCAUCAGCUGUCAUAUUCACAACUUUAAUGUAAUCAAAUGUUUUUGUCUUUACUGCAGCCAAAACUAUUAAUAUUUUCAUGGUCAAUUUAGUUGUAACCUCUAUUGGUAAUUAACAUUCAGCAUACUCAUUUCAGGCACCGAUCGCACGAGAUACCGUUGUUAUUAUGCAAAUUAUUAAUAAAACAAACCGAAACAAUUCACA